AUGACUUCUCCAGAGAUUCGCACCACCGCAGAAGAGUAUAAGGAUCGAUAUCCUGACAUCGAAUAUCUCGAAAUCUCACGUCCGGACGUCCAUCCGUUCUACGUCUACAACGGAUUCCAACCCGGACAAACCAUUCUCGAGAAAGGCCACGUUCGAGCUCCUGGAAAGAGAGCAUUCGGCACCGAUGUUAUUUUCGAUCGAGACGUUGGCAUUCUUAUGCGUGACGGCAUCACCAUUUAUGCAGACAUUUUUCGUCCAGCUAACUUGGACAAAAAAGUGCCUGCUAUUAUUCCUUGGAGUCCAUACGGAAAAACGGGAAAUGGUGUGCAACGCUAUGACGUGAUGGCGCCGUUUCGAGCAGGCAUUGCAAACGAUCGAACUUCUGGUUACGAAAAGUUCGAAGCACCGGACCCAGCAGAAUGGUGCGAAAGGGGAUACGCGAUUAUUAACAUUGAUGCUCGAGGUGCAGGAAAUUCUGAAGGAGAUAUCUCAUUCUGGGGAAUCCAAGAAGCUGAAGAUAUCUAUGAUACCAUCGAGUUCCUCACGAAGCAGCACUGGUGCAAUGUUUCUGUCGCAAUGGCUGGAAAUUCUUGGCUGGCUAUCUGUCAAAUCAAUUUUGCGUCACGACUUUCACAUCCGGCAUUGAAAGCCAUUGCGCCUUGGGAAUGCUUGACUGAUCCUUAUCGCGACAUCUUCGUCCGAGGAGGAAAGCCUCACCUCGAAGCGUUCAACGGGCUCAUCGUGAACGGAAUGGCAGGACCAAAUGGGCUGGAGAAUGCACCAGCCAUGGUACGGAAGAGACCGUUGUAUGACGACUACUGGCGUGAGAAGAAUAUCCCUGUGGAAAAUAUCGACGUACCCAUGUACAUCCUUGCAUCGUACUCCAGUGGGCUGCACACGAGGGGUUCUUUCCAUGCGUUUAGGGCGGCAAAGACAAAAGAGAAGUGGCUGAGGGUACACCCAUAUCAAGAAUGGUAUGAUCUAUACCGCCCGGAAAUGAAUGACGAGCUGCAGCGUUACUUCGACUACUAUUGUAAGGGAAUCGACAACGACUGGCCAGGCUCGACCCCUCCCGUUCGCCUCUCGUUGCUAGGGUUUAACAACAGUCCAGCAAAAACAGUGGUCGAGAGACCGGAGCAAUUUCCCCUCGCGCGUGCCCAGAACCAGAUCUAUUACUUGGACGGUGAUUCCAAGUCACUGAGUCUAUCUGCCGUCUCCCACGAGAGCUCGACGACCCACAAUGCCCACAGUCUGACAGCUUCAAGUGAUUUCACAUUUUACUUCACCAAGGCUACGGAGCUCUCUGGAUAUCCUAAAAUCAAGAUUUGGAUGUCCUGCAAGGAGCAUGACGACCUGGACGUCGCUGUUCAAAUACAAAAAAUCGACGCCAAAGGCAAUCUCCUCGAACAUCUCAACUACCCCUGCCCAGUUCCUGUUGAGGAAGUGCCGAACGUCAACACGGCGAAAACGCUCGGUCCACAAGGAUUCCUUCGGGCAUCGCAUGGCGUCAGCCUCGAUUUGAGCAAGUCAAGCGGCAAUGAAUUGUUUUACGCUCACGACAAACGCGAACCGAUCCUUCCCAAAGGUAAAAUUGUGCCGCUGGAGAUUCCCCUUUGGCCAAUUGGUAUGGUAUUUGCUGAGAAUGAGGGCAUUAUGGUCAGAAUUUCUGGGCAUAACAUGAACUAUCCCGAAACGGAGAUUCUUGCAUUGAAGGAGCCUGUGGAUCAUAAUGUCGGGUAUCAUACUAUCCAUACUGGUGGGAAGUAUGACAGCCUCCUUGUCUUGCCGGUUAUCAACGCGUAG